AUAAAACCGGAAUGAUCUUUACACAUCUGUCGAUCGUGGUAGUUCUCCUUGCCGGUGCAUUGGCGGUCCCGGCGCCAGGAACUGGAGCGUUGGUCGGAUAUUGCAACACGUCGGUAGAUUGCAAGGCCAACGAGUGCUGCGUAAGCUUCAACCGGGAUUCCGUAGUCGAUCUCACUCCAGACCUAAAAAGAUUAGUGCGAGGAAAAUGUGAGCCGUUGGGAGGGCAGGGCGCCGUCUGCUAUGUGUCGAUUGGGCCAAAUCCUCCAGGUCUACCAGAUCGGUACUACUACGCAUGUCCAUGUAUAAAAGGCGCUUUUUGUUCGAAAAAUGCACCGUCGCUCCCUCGCGUAGGGGGUCCAGGGAAGUGCAUUGUCGUGGGGUGAUGAUAUGAAAGAUUCGUUUGUUUUUCAAAUGGUACAUGACAAGAUGCAAUUUAAAAUGUGAUGUCGUUUCAAAUGC